AAUAAAUGCUCGAAACCAACGUGGAUCAGAAGUCGUUCAAAUUCAAGAUCGUGUUGCUCGGCGAAGGAUGUGUUGGUAAAUCAUCACUUGUGCUUCGAUUCGUUGAAAAUAAAUUCAGCUGCAAACACCUGUCGACGAUUCAGGCAAGCUUCCAAAACAAAACUGUGAAUGUAGAAGACUGCCAAGCUGACCUACACAUCUGGGAUACCGCUGGACAGGAGAAAUACCACGCACUCGGUCCAAUCUACUAUCGAGGAAGCAAUGGCGUGCUACUGGUUUUCGAUAUCACUGAUAGAAAGUCAUUUGAAAAGGUUAAGAACUGGGUUCUCGAAAUAAAAACAUGCCUGGGAAAUACUGCAGAGAUUCUGAUAGUCGGGAACAAGAUUGAUCUUGAAGAAGAACGGCAGGUCACUCGACAGGAUGCGGAAGCAUACGCAGAAUCAGAAGGGGCAUUGUAUAUGGAGACUUCUGCUCAGGACAAUGUUGGAAUCUCUGAUGCUUUUGAAUCUUUAACUGCGAAAAUGAUCGAACAUUCGCGUACUCGUUCGACAGAACCACCAUCUACGAAUCGAUCCAUCCGAUUAAUUGACAACGACGAAGCAGAAAGGAGUAAAAAGUGCUGUCGCUGAUUAAAAGAGCUUAAUGAAUGCUUGAACACUUCCCCCCUUAUACCGGUCACCUGUAUUAUUUUGUUCAUUUUUCCCGAUUCUUUUCCUCUACGUCACUUUCCUAGUCGCACUCCUGUCAAACUUUACGCACAAUUCAUACAAUAAUAAAAUCAU